CAUUGAAAUUGAAAUAAAGGCGAAAAAGAAGAUUCUCGCGACAUUUCUGUCCCAACAGUCCGUCCUUGCUGAUUUCAAAAUGGGGUACUGGGAUCUCCCGGAGGGCACAGACUGCGUAGGGAAGACAUGGACUACUAUCAAAGUGGGCACAGCCUUGGGCCUGGUUGGUUCAGCUUAUCACAUAGCUGCAUUUCAGCCUGCGUCUGGACUAGCAGUGCUACAAAGGGCUAGCAGUACAACUGUUACCAUGGCUACCAUGGGAGCCAUAUUUGGCAUGGUAACGUGUCUCAGUGCUCAGGCACGUGAAAAACCUGAUGACCCACUAAAUUACUUCAUUGGGGGCUGUGCAUCAGGAAUUUUCCUUGGAGCCCGAACCCACAGUGCAAUGACUGGUACAUCAGCAUGUCUGGCUCUAGGAACGCUGACAGCCUUCACAAAAGUUGGCAAGAUGGAAGGAUGGAAGCUAGCUGGACCACCCAAACUAUGAAAAAAAGAUGUGAUGACUGAUAAUGGCUGUAUAAUAAAGUAAAUAAAGUGGUGGAUAAAGA